AUGACGGUUCAAGAAAGGAAAACAGUCGUGGAGGAAUGGUCCAAGGCAGUGAGAACCACCAAGCAACAUUUGAUGGUCCAAGUAGGCGGCUGCCCCUUACCCGACGUCAUCGAGUUGGCGAAACACGCCGAAUCCAUAGACGUUGAUUCGUUACUGUGCCUGCCUGAGCUGUACUUCAGUGUGAAGGUUGUCGAGAGAGCGAAUACUGCUUUGCAAGGAUCUCCUCAGACUCAGAGUAUUGCUAAAAUAACGAUAGAAAGCAUCAAUUUGAAAGUGCCACAUCUCACACCCAACGAUGACAUAAAGUUGCAGUUGUUGACACGUAUCAAAGCAGAUGAGUCUAUGAUGAUACCGUUUCGCCGAUGGGAAUUGCACGAGCUACCAGCACUCACACAAGGAUCUACCAUAGAAAUCUGGUCCGUAAAGACAUGUUCUGCAUUGGACAGUCCAAGAUAUGUUAUAGUAUUUUUCCAAACGAAAAAAGCCGAUAAUUUGCAUGAGGAUGUCACCUUGUUCGAUAAUGCCAACAUCAAAUCCAUACGAUUGGCUCUGAAUAGCGACUAUUAUCCGCAAGAAAGAAUGCUAUUGGACUUUUCCCGAGACCAAUAUGCCGACGCCCACUUCAACUAUACAGAGUUCAACAAGAGCUACCAUAACUGUCAAGAAAAGCGCUCUCUAGUAAACUUUGCCGAAUUCAAAUCCCGACCAAUAUUUGUUAUCGAUUGCUCGAGGCGCCAUCUGGGUCUAAAGUCGUCCACAGUUGACAUAAAGUUCCACAAGUUCUCAUUGUCGUCGGUGUGGAAGCAGAAGUAUUCAGAAUCUUUCGUUUCACUAGAUUUCCACCGACUGACGUCCUACAUAAAUUCCUUCCAGUAUAUCUAA